GACGCGGGCGUACAAAUAACGCGCGAAAGAGGAAAUGUUGUGAAAAUGACGAUGAUCGGAACAACAGAAAAUAACGAAACGGUUGAAGUGAAGGAAAGUUUGAAAGAUGAUGCUCACAGCAGCGAAAAGGCGGAUUCUGGGAUGGACGAUGACAGCCAGCAGUCUAAUGAACAAGAUACACACUUGAGCGAUGAGGAAGAAAAUGAGAUCUUGAUAGCUAAAACAGCAAAGAAGAGCAAGAGAAUAUUGGAUGAUGAUGAUGAAGAGGAGGAAAUGGCAAUUGUGGAAGAGGAAAAAACUGCUCCUCCCAAUGACUUGCAAUUGCUGAGACCUGAAAGUGACUUGCGUUUGACAACAGAUGAAGCUUUGAACGAGGCACAAGACGAUGGAUCUGGAAACGAUUCUGGUAGUGAUGAUGAGGAGUCGUUAAGUUUGAUCAUUAACAGAAAGAAGAAACGGAUAGUUGGUGUCUCUGAUGAUGACAGUAAUGAUUCCAUUAGAGAAAGUGAAAAGAGCACCAGUGAACCAUCAGAUCAAAACAAGCAUCCUCUGUUUGGGAACAGUGAUUUGUUUGAUGCAGAAGAUGAUGUGGAUGAGAGUUUGCAAGGAGAAGACAACCCUUGCAGUAACAAGGCAGAUAACUCUGGCAGUGAUAGUGACAGUAACUCCAAUAGUAGUGAGGACGAAGGAUUUAAUGAAAAUUCUUUGGAUCCAAAACUUCUUGCAAAACUAAAGAAGGGUGCUGCAAAGAAGCCUACCAGAGCAUCAAAAGCAAAAUCACGAAAUGAUGAAAUGUUAGAUAUUCACAGUGAAACUCAGAGGAUUGUCAGAGAGAGUAGAGUGAAUUUACCUUACCACCAACCAGAGCCCAAACCCUUGUCUGAUUUUUUGGCCAGAGCCUCCAGAAAGCAGGAGUUGUACAGGAGCUUACAUAAUACCCGAGACAUUCAUAAAGCCAGAAUAAUGCAAGAGACAUUUGAAAAAGAAAAAGUUAACAGAAAAAGUGAAAGAGAGAAAUCUUCUCAAAAUAAUUCUUCUUUGGAAAAAGUGUCAGAAACUGAAACAAAUGAGGAGGGUGCUUGUUCAGAGAAGCUAGAAACUGAAACUAGUGAGAAGCUGGAAAGCAGCACAGGAAAUGGAGAUACUAAGUCAGAAAAUAGUCAAGAAAAGAAACCAUUCAAUAAAAAUCAGUUAGGUGAAAAUGACCUUCCUGAUUUGGAGGACAGAGAGACAGAGGUUAAGGAAAGGUUAGGCCUAAAUGACUCUUCUUCAUCAAUGGAGAAUUUAUCUAAAUCAGUCAGAGAAGAAGGGAAGGAAGUCAAGUGUGAAAGUGCAAUAGAAUCUGUUAAUGCUUCCUCAAACACUCAGUGUACGGAAUCUAUAGACAUCGCAGAAAAACAGUCAAGUGAACCGGAUUCAGAAGUUCAUGCUUCAGAGACGGUGACGGAUCACACAAAAGCCAAAGACACUAAAUUACCUUUCUUGUUGGAACCUGACAUGCCACAUUUGUCAGCUGUACCGAGGCUGAGUGGGGGUCCUGAUGCUGUAAUUAGUCUUGAUGAGGAGGAAGGAAGGGGGAUACCCCAACACCCAGGGGUUAAGCAGCUGAUGGGGAGGUUCAUGGAUCACAGUAAAAAGAGGGCGAAGCAUGUCAGCAAGGACGUCGCUAUCAAAAUUGUAGAGAAAGACAAAGAUGAAUUACACUUAAAGACGUUCACCUAUCAUCCAACACAGGAUGAGGAGAAUUCUCUUCAGGCAUUGGAUGUGCCAGGUGCAAAGCUAAUGGCACUUAAGGAGAAGUUGCAAGAGACAAUGAAAGCAAAGCGAGAAGAGUCGAGGAAGCAAAGACAAGAUAUUUAUGACCUUGACAAUGAAGAAGGUUACACCGCAGAAGAUGAGGAUGCGAUACUCGAUGAUGAUGCUGAAAUGUCAGAACACUCUGAUACGGAUGUAGAGGAUGAUGAGUUUGAUGAACAGUUUGGUGAAGAUGAGGAGAUGGAGGAUGAGGAAACAAAACAAGAGAGAAAUCCUUUUGCUGAUGAUGAAGCAGAAGAGGAGGAGGAGGAUGAUGGUGAAGAUCUUAGACUUCAUCUCUCUGAUGAUGAAGAUGCUGAGGAGGAUGUAGAGAAAAAUACUGUUGAUGAGGAGAAGGGAGACUUGGCAAUUCCAUUAAUAUCUUCGGCAAAGAAAAAGAAACCAAGAGUCUUACAGAUAAGUGACGAUGAAGAGAGCCAAGAUAACAGUGUAGCGGAACGUCAAAACACCGCAGGGGCGGAAGACGAUGGACUCCAGGAGGACACACAGGUGGAGAAGACGGAGGACAGCGGUUUGUUUAAAGAGCCGGACGAUGAUCUGUUUGUGCCCUUCUCAAAGCACAGCACACAACAGGCGACACAGGCUCAGGAGAUGAAGAGAAGCAGCAGUCUGAUCCCACCGAUAGAGGACUCCCAGGAUCUGUACGGUUCUACACCAGCAAUACUGUCUGGAAACGACAGCCAGCCAUCACAGAGCCUCAACUUCUACAUCGAAGAGUCGCAGUCCCGAAUGUUUGAUGCUGAUGGGUUUUUGCGCACAGGUUCAACAGCCAAAAAACCAAAGAAGUCUUUCAUGAGUUUUGACACAGACUCUUCACAGGAAAAUUAUGAUGACUUACUUGGUUUAUGUUCAGGGAGAUUCCAAGAUUCUGAAAAUGAAAAUAAGAAAGGAUCUUGUAAACAGCAGCUGUUUGGGACACUGGCUAAUACCCAAAACAAUAUGGAUGAACUGAUGGGACUAUGUUCAGGGAAAUUCGCCGAGGGGUCAGCUAAAAGUAAAGAACAGCUGUUUGAGACUCAGGCUGAUACCCAAAAUAUGGAAGAACUCAUGGGGCUUUGUUCAGGAAAGUUUGACAAAAGUCAAACUCCAAGAGAGAGAUCCCAGAAGACUGGCUUAAAGAGGAAAUCUCCAUUAGAUGAAGAGGAAGAGAACAGCGACGACUCCUUCAGACUUGUCAGUGACCACGAGGAGGAAGAUGUAAACAACGAGAAGGGUGUGUUCAGUGAUGAUGAGAGAUCGAGGGACAGUGAAGGAACUCGACCGGAGAAGUUUACAGGGUUUACUGUUGCCGACAAACACGGGAAAAUUCGAAGAGAAUUUGUUGAAGCAGAAGCUGAAUUGUCAGGAAGUGAAUACGAUAGUGAUGAGAAUUUGGAUGUGGCAGAAGAGGAUGAUGUUUUGGAAAUGGAAGAGGGAGACAAAGAUCAAGUAGGCACGGAAGAGGAGCUGAGGAACCAAGUCGGCAGGGCUCACCUAAAACAAGUUAUAGAUGAAGACAAAAGAGAGCUGAUGAGAUUCCAAGAGAUGUAUUUACCUGACGGUGACCUCCACAGUGAAGGUCAAGGUCGCACCAGGAGGUUUAAGUGGAGUAACAUGGACGAUGAUACCCAGCAGGACAUGUUUAAUGAUGAUUCUGAUGGCGAAAACAUCGAAGAAAUUGAUCAGGAUUCUAAAUGGAGACAGGAAAGAUAUGAGAGGGAAAAGUUUUUACAGGAACAAGAGGAAAAAGACAAAAAUGAUGAGGAAAAUAGCCAGUUCUUGAAAUUUGGAAAAGUUUAUUUGAAGAGAAGUAAUUCAGAAAGUGGGCCACUCAAGAAGCCAUCUGCAGAGAAGUUGGUCAGCAAAGAAAAUGCCCCACAGAUGGUUGUAAACACUAUUUUUAAGCAGUCAAUGCAGAAAAAGGGUUCAUUCCUUGGAAGAAACAAAGAGACACUUGCCAGGAUUGCUGAACUCACUAAGACAUCUGUUAAUCCCACUGGACCAAGAAAUUCCAGGAACUUUGUCUUCCAGGUUAUCACUCAGGACAAAGACACAAAUACACAGGAUGCAAUGCCUGCACCUUCAGAGGGGAAAGUAAGAAAAGCCCACAAACCAAAGCAACAGCAACCUGUGGCAAAGAAACCAAGACUGGAAAAGUCGGCUUCAUUCCCACAAAACAGCAUCUUCAAUCUCAUGUAGUGAGGCAAUGAGUUUAAAGGACAGCAAGACAGAUGUGAAAGCAAGAAGAGGGGCACCUGUUUCACUCCAGUCAGGCUUGGAUGUUGUGCUUGAUUGCUCUCUGCAGCAUUCAAAGAUUCGUGCUUGCAGGUUUGCCUGGAUUUGCAAGAUUUACAAGGAAUGAAUUUUUAAGGCUUUGAAAAAUUGAAGUGAUAAAGUUUGUUGUAGCAUGUUUUCAUGAUAUCUCAGAGAGAGAGAGAGAGAGAGAGAGAGAGAGAGAGAGAGAGAGAGAGAGAGAGAAAAGGGGGUAGGGAGUGGGAGAAAGAGAUUUAUUUAUAAUGGAUAUAUUUGUGUGUAUAAGAAUGAGCAUGUAUUGAAAUGUAUGUAUAUUGUAUUUAUUUGCUCUAUAUUUGUAUGUAUGAAUGACUUUCAUACAUGCAUUUUAUAUAAAAAAAAAUUCACAAAUGUUGGAAAUUUUAGUUUGAAGUAUUAUCAUUUACCAUGUCAGUGCACUUGUGUGGAUUUUAGAUUUAAUUUUUCACCUAGUAAAUUUAUAUUUACUUUCAGUUUCAUAAUGAUCUCUGUUGUAAAAUAAGAUUUCAUGUUAUUUACUCAGUCAUAGAAGUAAAAGGUGUGAGGUGUAACUAAGUAUAUACAUUGUGUUUACAUUGUGAAUGUUAAGAAAAUCAAUGAAGUUAAUUGUUUUAGAUAUGCUCACUAACAAGGUAUUAAAUGAUGAAAAUAAAUUCUCUUUUGAUAUAAUGAGAAAUUUUGUGUUUAUAUUACAGUUUCUGUUUAAAUACAAUUUCAGUUAAUGUGUA